UUGCCCUUGUCUAUCUAUAAAUAUUUCAAAUCCAACUCUUUCCUACCUCUCCUUGAUCCUAAAGCUAUAGUACUAUAUAUCAAGAAUCUCAAAGGGAUUAUUUGGAAAAAAACACCAAACCAAGAAGGUACAUGUUUGCUGCUAGAAAUAAAUCAAUGGCCUAUUCUUUGGUUUCUCCAAACACCUUUGCUCUCAAGCUAAAACUACAUUGCAAGGAUUGUGAAAGGAAAGUGAGAAACCUGCUGCUGAAAAUCCAAGGUGUCCAUUCUGUGAAAAUUGAUGAAAAGCUUGGAAAUGUUAUCAUUUCAGGCACAGUUGAUCCUGCAACAAUUCUAACCGUACUAGAAAAACUUGGUAGAAAAGCAGAAAUUCUAUGGGAGCAAGGAACUCCGUCUAUGAACAGCAGCGCGGAAAAUGUUCAGAUCAUCACACAAUCAAAGGUGAUUAAUCCGCUGAAUGAUCCGGAUAUUAUGGCACAACUAGAGCAAUUAUCUGGAAUUCCAGGAUUGCAAACUGUGGAGAUUACAAAAACCAUUAAGUUAACAUUCCAAGGAGAAUCAAGAAAUGACACUACUGAUAAAAUCUUGGAGAUUAGUACUACAAACAAUAUGAACAAACCUCAUCGUCAAGUGCUUUCACAUGAUCAUUAUUCCGAUGGUGGUGGAUUUUGUGCUGCUUCUUCAUCAUGUUGUGGUGGUCAUGCUGCUAUAAGCAGUGGCCGCGGAACCAGAAUUUUCACCCCUUGGGGUGGGGCAUGGCCCCUCAAUUCUCAACCCCUGCCUAUGUCAGCACCACCGUGGUCGACUACUGAUUCUAUUCCAUCAGCCCCUCCUUUGCCAUCCGAGUAUUUUCAGGCACCGACAUCUCCACCAUCAUCAUCCUCGCCAAAGCCUUACACCUAUUACAGUGUCCUGAGCGACGAGAAUGCCAAUGGCUGCAUAAUCCAAUGAUUUGCUGUCAUAUAUGUGUGUGUGCUCGUGUGUGUGUGUGUGUUUUUCAUAUCAAUUUAUGGUUAAGGUACAAUUGUUACAAGAAAAAAAAAACCCAAAAAAAAAAACAAAAAAAAAAAAAAAAGAAGCAAAAGGUAGAGGAAAUACAGAAAGUAGUACUCCUAGUAGUUCAUAUAAAAUCUGUGAUGUGAUAGAAUCUUUGUCAACUGCUCUUGUAACUAUAUACUUUGUAAAGUUUGCUCAUCAUUGUGUAAAGUUAACAUUUAUUCAGAUACAAAUCCUUGAUCAGUUC